UAUAAACGUAAAGCCUCUUUACCAAAGAUGUUCACCUCUCUCUCAGUCUCAGCAAUAGUACUACAACAAGAACCUGCCUUUUUAACAUCAAUUAAGGCUUGUCACUGCUGCCACAAGUGAUCCACUCAACCAUUCUGUCUUCUAUACAUCCUUAUUUAUCUCCUUCCUUGCAACGUUUACACUAACCACAAACAUAACCUUCUCUUCUUCUUCUUUUUUUUUCUCUCUCAAGAUGGAUCAUCCAUUCAUUCUCUUUGUUAUUGGACUCAUUAUUUCCAUGGCUAGUAUCUCACAGGUUAUUAGCAGUACCAACCAGUCUCAGUUUUUUUCUCUGAUGAAGGAGUCUCUCUCAGGGAACUACCCUCUGGAUUGGGAUGUCAAAGCUGGGAAACCAGUAUGUGCCUUCACAGGAGUUACAUGCAACAACCAAGGGGAAGUUAUCAAUCUUGACCUUUCAGGUUGGUCACUUUCUGGAAAGUUCCCUUCAGAUUUAUGCACUUACAUGCCAGAGUUGAGAGUUCUCAGCCUUGGACACACAAGGUUCAAGUUUCCUACAAACAGCGUAAUCAACUGUUCUCAUUUGGAAGUGCUUAACAUGAAUCAUAUGUAUCUGACUGGCACACUUCCAGAUUUCUCUCCUUUGAAAUCUCUUAGGGUCCUUGAUUUGUCAUACAACGCCUUCACAGGUGAAUUCCCCAUGUCAGUAUUCAAUCUCACUAGACUCGAGGUGCUAAACUUCAAUGAAAAUGGAGGUUUCAGCCUGUGGCAGCUGCCAGAUGAUAUUGACAGGCUGAAAAAUCUCAAGUCCAUGGUGUUGACAACUUGCAUGGUGUAUGGCCAAAUCCCAACAUCCAUAGGGAACAUCACUUCUCUUACUGAUCUUGAAUUGAGUGGGAAUUUCCUCACAGGCCAAAUUCCUGCAGAGCUUGGAUUGCUGAAAAACUUGCAACAGCUUGAGCUUUACUAUAACCAACACCUUGUUGGUUAUAUACCUGAGGAGCUGGGAAAUCUCACAGAGCUCAUAGAUUUGGAUAUGUCAGUGAACAAGUUGACUGGGAGCAUCCCUGCAUCAAUAUGUAGCCUUCCCAAGCUUCAAGUCCUGCAGCUUUACAACAAUAGCCUCUCAGGAGAACUCCCAGGUGAGAUUGAAAACUCAACAACAUUGAGAAUGUUAUCUCUUUAUGACAAUUUCCUGAAAGGACAAGUCCCUAGUAAACUGGGACAAUUCUCAGGAAUGGUAGUUCUGGACUUGUCAGAAAACAGUUUCUCUGGUCCAUUGCCAACACAAGUUUGCAAGGGAGGUAAACUACUCUAUUUUCUUGUUUUGGAUAACAUGUUUUCUGGAAAGAUACCAGACAGUUAUGCAAACUGCAUGAUGCUGUUAAGGUUUCGAGUCAGUAAUAACCACCUGGAGGGCUCGGUUCCCGAGGGACUCCUUGGUCUACCACAUGUUUCAAUCAUUGAUCUGAGUAACAAUAAUUUGACUGGUCCAAUUCCUGAGAUCAGUGGAAAUGCUAGAAACUUGUCUGAACUGUUCCUACAAAAGAACAUGAUCUCAGGAGUCAUACCUCCUACAAUCUCUCGAGCCAUUAACCUUGUCAAGAUUGAUUUCAGCUAUAACUUUCUGUCUGGUCCAAUCCCUUCGGAAAUUGGCAAUCUGAGAAGGCUUAAUUUGCUAAUGUUACAAGAGAACAAGCUGAAUUCUUCCAUCCCAACUUCACUCUCCUCAUUGGAGUCACUCAACCUUCUUGAUCUUUCCAACAACCUUUUAACAGGAAGCAUCCCUGAAAGCCUCUCAGUACUGCUACCAAACUCCAUUAACUUCUCACAUAACUUGCUUUCGGGUCCAAUUCCUCCCAAACUGAUCAAAGGAGGUUUGGUUGAAAGCUUUUCAGGGAAUCCUGGUCUGUGUGUGCAACCAACAUAUGCUAAUUCAUCGGAUCCAAGCUUCCCCACAUGUUCAAUUGCCCACAAGAGUAAGAGAAUAAACACCAUCUGGGUAGCUGGGGUAUCUGUGGUUUUAAUCUUUAUUGGAGCUGUCUUGUUUCUGAAACGUAGGUGCAGCAAAGAGACAGCUGCAGUGAAACAUGAGGAUACACAACCUUCUUCAUUCUUCUCUUAUGAUGUUAAGAGCUUUCACAGGAUCAGUUUCGACCAAAGGGAGAUCAUAGAAUCCUUGGUUGAGAAGAACAUAAUAGGACAUGGAGGGUCUGGGACAGUGUACAAGAUUGAUUUGAAAAGCGGUGAUACUGUUGCAGUCAAGAGGCUGUGGAGUAGAAAAUCCAAGGAUUCAGCUCCAGAGGAUCGAAUGUUUGUAGACAAAGCAUUGAAAGCAGAAGUGGAGACCCUGGGAAGUAUUAGACACAAAAACAUAGUGAAACUGUACUGCUGUUUCUCCAGUUUGGAAUGUAGCUUGUUGGUUUAUGAGUACAUGCCAAAUGGUACUCUAUGGGACUCCUUGCACAAAGGUUGGGUCCAUUUGGAUUGGCCUACUCGCUAUAAGAUUGCACUUGGGAUUGCACAGGGUUUGGCAUACCUCCACCAUGAUUUGGUUCUUCCUAUUAUCCAUCGAGACAUCAAAUCAACUAAUAUCCUUUUGGAUGUUGAUUACCAUCCCAAGGUUGCAGACUUUGGUAUCGCCAAAGUUUUGCAAGCUAGAGGCGGGAAGGAUUCCACAACAACUGUUAUUGCUGGAACUUAUGGUUACUUAGCCCCAGAAUAUGCAUAUUCCCCCAGGGCCACCACCAAGGGUGAUGUCUACAGUUUUGGGGUGAUUUUGUUGGAACUGUUAACUGGGAAGAAGCCCGUUGAGUCAGAAUUUGGAGAGAACAGAAAUAUUGUCUUUUGGGUUUCAAACAAAGUAGAAGGCAAGGAAGGUGCUAGACCAAGUGAUCUAUUUUACCCUCGAUCCUCACCCAUAUUCAAGGAUGACAUGAUUAAAGUGUUGCGAAUUGCCAUUCGUUGCACGUACAAAGCUCCAUCUAGUAGACCAACAAUGAAAGAGGUUGUUCAGUUGCUGAUUGAGGCAGAGCCACGUGGUUCAGAUUCUUGCGAGUUGUUAACCAAAGAUGCAUCAAAUGUCACCUUAUUAUAAUUGAGUAGAUUAAAAGGGUAAGAGGAAUAUAUAAAUACAACCAAGAUAAGCAGUCUCUCCCAAUGUAACUGAGAGACUCAUUGUAAGAUUAGAGAACAAAUUAAUCUCUUUUUUUUUCCAUAGACAGGUAGUUUGUAGAUUCUAUCUUUGACUCUGGUUCUUCUCUUCUCUUCUCUCUAUUGCUGCUUUCCUUUUCUUAUAUAUACUAUUUCGAGUUUUGACUUUUGUAAAAAUUUGAAUUUCUAAUUGCUAU